CCACUAUAUCUAGAGGAUGAUGUUUAAAAAAGUAAUAAUUAUUGCAUUAUUAUUGCAAAGUAUUCAAAAUCACAAGAUAAAAACUCAAAUCCUCACACUGAUAGAAAUGACUAAAUGGUGUUUAAGUUGAUCACAAUCCUUCAUUUUCAGUUAACAUAAUAUUUAACUGUUUAACCUUCAGUGUUUACCUGAAAUUUCUUCUUAUGAAGCUUUUUAGUCGAACUGAAUAUUAUUCUCCAUCACUCAGAUACAAUAUAUGUCUUGCACUUUGCAUAUAUUGCACUAUGCCUUUUUCAUGACUGGAGACUUUAAUGAUUAACCUGAAUUUAAAAUACAGUUUGUUGUGUUUUUAUGAGCUCAACAUGCUGUUAUAAUAAUGACCUGUCAGUGGGUUCAUGUGAAGGCUCUCUGUCAUGUUGGAGGUUAAAAAGAGAAGUAACACCAAGAACCACUUCCUUUUUCCCGCUCUGCUUAUAAAAAGAUGGACAUAAAACAACGCUCUGCUUGGUCAAAGUUUCCACACGUUCUCCUCUGAAGCCGAUCACGUACAGGACUGUAUUUCAGGCCGUUCAGUGUAAGAUGUUCAUGUUUUCUAUUCAAUAAAGUAGAGAAGUUUGUCUGAAAGCUGCUGACUGGGUCAACAGAGGCUGAACAGUGAGGAGACAUGGAAGCUGUGGUUGGACUGUUGGUGAUGCUGCUCGGAGUCUCUCAUGGUGUUGAAACCUACUGUGAUGGCAGACAGAAUAGAACUCAGUGUUAUGGAGCUCUGGGAGGAACUGUGGUGCUCCAGCUGAUGGACAACGCCUCAGAAAUACUUAGUUACCAAUGGAAAAAAAACAAAACAACAACAAUACUUCAUGGGAGAAAGGAUAAGAUUGUGUAUAAUAUGAUGACGGACAGAUCCGUUUUUACUCCCAGUAAUGGAACAUUUAGGAUAAAUAACCUGAACAGGACUGAUGGUGCUGAAUAUACCCUUCAAAUCUUUGAUUCAAAUGGACGUGAAUCAGGACAGCGGACUCUUCAGUUGUCUAUUCAAGCUCCUGUGUCCUCUGUCCUGCUGGACUCUGAGUGUCUGUCCCAGGGAGAGAUGAGGGUGUCCUGCUCCUCUGAGGGAGCGGACAGUCCUCAGUACAGCUGGACUCUGGAUGGACACACACUGACAGACACUCAGCUCCUCUCUGGAAAUAAAGAGACCAACAACAUCACUCUGAAACAAGACGUCUCAGGACGACUGGUCUGCUCAGUCAGGAAUCACAUCAGUAGUGUCUCAAAAGAAAAGAAGAUAUCUACCUGUGGCUUCAUAUUCAUCAACUGCACCUUACCCGAUGGGACAAACAUAUCACGGUGGGUGUUUUCAGCCAAUAACACCCUGUGUAUUGAUCCAACAACAACCCCUACCAUGAUCACAGACACUACGACCUCCGCUGUGGGUAAGGAGACUGGCAUCAUAGUGUCAAUUAAACCCUCAAAUCAAACUGUGACCAACUCCAGCAAUGAUGACCCAUGGUACAUUUACAUUAAGAAGAAUUUGCCAGUUCUAGCUGGUGUCCUCUCAGCACUGGUAAUUCUGUUAAUGGUCGGGAUGGCAGUCGUCUGUCGUCACAAGAAAAAGCAAAACAACAAACCUAAAGAAGAAGAUGACCAAGAAUUGACCUAUGCUGAUGUCAAGAUCGUGCAGCGGCCGGGGAGGCAGAUGCAUCAGAAGGCAGAGAUGGAGGUGGAGUACGGCCAAGUCAAGUUUUCAGGGCGACCUCAGCAAACUACAGAGAUGGAGGUGGAGUACGGCCAAGUCAAGUUUUCAGGGCGACCUCGGAAAACUGUUCAACCAAAAGAAGAUGAAUGUGUGUACGCUAAGGUCCGUAACAGCAGGUGAUAUGCAGUGUUCAGCAUUUUUACAAAGACUGCUGAAGGCAGAUGGAGGAGGUUUUUGUUAAGAUGCCUAAAGGUCUCUUAUCUUUAUUUCAUGAGAUUUUCAAUGAGAAGAAUACAAGCCAUCAAAGUUCACAGAUAUUAUUAUUAUUCAUUAUUUUUAAUGUACUCCUGAGUUAUGACUGGCAUCAGUAUGAAAACCUGUCAAAGGAGCUCAAACAUUCAGGUGCAUCAUUUAAAUCACACUGUGAUGAAUUUUUAUAGACUAGUUUUGUAUAAUAUUUAAUAUUUUCUUUAAAUAUAUAUAUUUUCAA